AAUGUGCCGUGGACUGCUUUAACGGUCCCGCUACGGUCACACUGCAGCCAAGACGAAAAAGACGCGAAAAGAUGCAUAGAAUAUAAACAACGGUGUACUAUGCGACCGUAUAAAUAUCUGAGAUUACAUACUGAAAAAUGGAAGCAAUAUCGCAGAUUUCCCUGAUAUUGUGUGCCUUGCUCGUCGUGGUCAACGCCGCAGUGGGAACCACCAGUGGCGACAGUAGACACUGCCAAGCCACCUACAGCAGCGCCGAGGCGUUGCUGGCCCAAAUCCCCCAACAGCAGCAUCGACCGCAGGCCAGACCACGGGCCAGAAUCUGGCAGGAGCAGGAGUUCUCCCUGCUGGGCUACAAGUUCCACCUGCCGUUUGUGGGACAUGCAGUGGACUCGGAUCUAGAUGAUAGUGACAGUGAUGAGGGUCUGUGGCUGGAUGGUUUGGACGCCGGAACGGAGAGCGCGGAGGUGGAGGAGCAUGAGCUCCUCUCGUCCGAUCAAGUGGAUCCCUCGGAAAAUGUGUUCAAGCUCAGCUGCGAGCAUGUUGGCCUGAGGCUAGUGAACCAGGAGCUGCUCUCAAAGCGGAGUUCGCACGUCAACUACGACCAAGUAAUGCUGCUCCGUGUGCCUGCGGAUCUCAGUAAUCCCCUGAAGCUGCCGCAGAACGAGAGCGUCAGGGAAUUCUCCUGGCAGGACAGUAACCUUAAGGAUGAGCCGCUCAGAGAGCUCUUUACCCGCCAGCCGCACUGCUUUGAUAACAUGGAACGGCUGAAUCUCGUUGAGAAUAGCUUGGAGUGCCUCCAUUGGGCCAUGCCCAAAACCAUGAGACGUCUGAAAGUACUUAAGUUGAGCGGUAAUCGGCUGUCCAACUGCAGCCUAAUGAGUUUGCAGCACAUGAACCAACUGCAGGAGCUGCAAUUGGACAGGAAUGGACUGAGCUUCUUGCCGCAGCGCUUCCUGGGCGAGCUCAGCGAACUACGCAUGCUGAAUCUUAGCCAGAAUUUGCUGUCCGAGCUUCCGCGGGAUAUAUUUGGAGGAGCCCUGAAGCUGGAGCGGCUUUAUCUCUCCGGAAAUCGGCUGAGCGUCCUGCCAUUCCAUCUCUUCCAAACAGCACCCGACCUCCAAGUGCUGGACCUCAGCGACAACCGCCUGCUCUCCUUUCCGGACAACUUCUUCGCCCCCAAUGGGAAGCUCCGUCAGCUGCAUCUGCAGCGAAAUCAGCUUAAAUCCAUUGGAAAGCACAGUCUUUACAAUUUACGCGAACUGCGGCAGCUGGAUCUUAGCCAGAACUCUCUGACCAUCAUCGAUCGCAAGGCGUUCGAGUCACUGGACCAGCUGCUAGCACUAAACGUAUCCGGCAACAACCUGACCAUGCUGUCAUCCAUCAUCUUCCAGUCACUGCAUUCCCUCAAACAGUUGGAUCUCAGUCGGAAUCAGUUCAAGCAACUGCCCAGCGGCCUCUUCCAGCGGCAGCGCUCCCUGGUGUUGCUACGCAUCGAUGAGACGCCCAUCGAGCACUUUUCCAACUGGAUUUCGCGUUACGAUGAGUCGCAUGUGGAUCCGCAAGUGCUGCAUCGCCUGCGUUACCUUUCGCUGCAGCAGAAUCGGCAUCUAACUCGCUUGCCCGCCACUCUGUUCGCCAAUACUCCCAAUGUGAGGGAGCUGCUGCUAGCCGAGAACGGUUUGGUUCAGCUGCCCACCCAGAUCUCGGGGUUGUCACGAUUGCAGCGACUCAGUGUGCGUGGAAAUAGCCUGGGAUCGCUGCCAGAAGGCCUCAAGGAGCUCAGGCAGCUGCACUACCUCAAUAUACUGGGAAACGAGUACCAGUGCGACUGCAGCAUGUAUUGGUUGACAGCCUGGCUGGCUAAUAGCAGCACUAGCCUGCGCCACUUGCCGCCCCAGGCGCAGAGUAACAGUGCCAAUCCCAGCCAGACUCCGCUGGACUCGUACGAGAGCAUCGACACCCAAAUCGAUGCGCUGAGCUGCCAGUAUGGCUAUCCCGGCGAUAUGCUCCGCGUGCUGAGCAAUCUCAACUGCUCGGUGCCCUCGGUGGUGCAGUUCUCAGAGCCCAAGAUGCACAAGCUUCUCUCCACGGCCAAGCUGGAGUGCCAAAUUUCAGGCAGCCCAGUUCCGGACAUCAUAUGGGUUACUCCCCGCUUUAAAAUUCUGCGUCACCAUGCUGAUCCCGACAAGCGGCCGAUUAUAAUCGACAGUAAGGAGAAUGCUCACCAGCCACCGAGUGCGAAGGAGCUGGCCGCUCUGAUGGACGAGAGUUACAUCCAGUCCCUGAACUUGACCCGUCAGCAGAACUUGGUGGGUCAGCGAGUAGUGCUGGUGGAGAACGGAUCGCUGCUGGUGCACAAUAUUUCCAGAAUUGACAGUGGCUUGUACACUUGUUAUGCCUUCAAUGUGAUGGGCAAAGCCUCGGCAGGAUUACGACUGUACAUCGAUCCCAUUGUGUUCUACCGGGUGAAGAUCGGCAGCAUACUGUUUGGCACGGCCCUGGCCACCGCAUUCCUGCUGAUAACCCUGAUGGUUCAGGGAUUGAGAAGCUGCCUUUCACGCUGGGGAAUCUGCAACCGCUUCUAUUGCUGCGCCAAUCGGAACAAGAAGUCCCCGAGACCACGGCAAAUUUACGCCAUGCUGGACAGCAUCGAGACCUACAAGAGCCAGCAGUUGGAGAGGCUGCGCGAGAACUACGCCCAGCAGGUGCACCGCAUCCGGGAGAAUUGCGCCCAGCAGGUGGAGUGGAUUCAGAGCAGCUACACCAGUCAGGCCAAGCACAUCCGCGAGUUCCGAGACAUUGGCUCCAAUCAUCUUACCACGCUGAAGGACCAGUACUACGAUCAGGUUAAGAAGGUUCGCGACUACUCGACUGGCCAGUUGAGCUGGGUGCGAGAAAACUAUGUCUUCCAGCGGAACAAAAUCCGCAAGUUCAGUGCACAUCAGGUGCUGCGCCUGCGGGAGGGAUACAAGUAUCAGCAGCAGACACUGAACAAGGUGCUGGAGAACCUGCCCAGUUUCUACUUCGAGAAUUGUCGCGGACGAUGUGAAGAAGACAUUGCCGAGGACAUAGACUGCUAUUUCAAAGGCCAAAUGGACUUUGCUGGCUCCAAGGAGCUGCACAUACAGAAAAUUAAGGCGCGCCUAUCAGCCAAUUACUCAGCCAGCAAGGCGUCGAUUUACUAUACCCCACCAGACGUCGAUCUGCUGCAUAGCUCGCAGCUUAAUUUGCAAACCUCACCCAUCCACAUCAACUACAUUGAUGAGAAUCUUGACCAGCAAAAGCAGUUGGAGCACGACUUCAAAAUGGAGCCUCAGCUGCUGCUCUUCAAUGCGCCGAUGCUGUAUCUAAAUCCCGAAGGAGCUAGCAGCAGUGGACAGGCGGCUGCCAUGGCGGCAGCGGUGGCCUUGUCGCAGUGCAUCAGCGUGGAGGACAAUAACCAGGAGCAGGAGAUGCAGCCCCUGAAACAGACAGAACAGCUGUCCAAACUGAAGGACUCGAACGAUGUGAAGAACUCGAAAUCUUGUCCGGCCAUUUACAAGGUGUCCAAACAGCAAGACGGUAGCACUCUCCAUGAACUGCAGAAGGAGGGCGAGGCGCCCUACCAAAUGCUCCGCCUGAACCCUGUGGAGACCACUUCACAGGACGUAGGUCCUGCGGCGCAGGCGAAGACGGAGAAGCUGAACAUAAUCCUGGAUGAGUGCGGUAAUGGAGCAACUAGUGAGACUCCCCCAUCCGAGUCCAGUUGUGAGUCCAACAGCUUGGCCGCCAGUUGCGGCGAUGUCUGUCAGUAUAGGCAGAUUGGCAAGUUGUCAGACGCCUCACCAUCAUCUCCUCCACCCAAGGCAGCCAAUGCCAGCACUUAGAGAUUUUUUUAAAUUUUAAAUUAGUAAUUAUAAUAAAAACUAACGAAAAUAUAAAUUGUAAAGAUGUAAGUGAAUCAAAAUCAUCUGCAAGCGAAGGUAAUGUUAAUGAUUAUUAUGAUAUAAUGGUAAGGCAGACAACAAUAAUUCAACUUAGAGUUAAUUAGCAAAACAUAUGAAUUCAAGUGCUGAAAAUUAGAACAAAUCGGAGCAAGUCAUACGAGUAUACAGGACGAUGAUCAAAAAGUAAGCUGAAUGAAUUUAAAAUUGAAAUCAACUCACACCUGGAAUAUAUCGCUAAGGUAUCAUGUCAAUAAUACUUAAAAAGAGCCCCCAUUUGUGAUUUCAUUGCAUUACGAGUAUAAGCAUCAAAAAUUAAAAGAAAAAUGCGUAUUUUAAAUUGAAAACAAGAAAUGUUAAUGAAAUUGUACGAUAAUAAAAAAUAAUAUAGAGCAAA